GCCUUGGAAAGUUGCUUCAAAGGCACUCCAGAUAAGUCUCGACAAGCCCCUCGUUCCAUGCGACUGUCUUCCUCUAGUGGUUGCAUUCGUUUGCAUUAUAGCACGAUCCGGAACCCUUCUUUGUGGGCAACGACGAUGUCUUGUAUGGAACUGCAUUUGUCGGCGGAGUGCCCGUCAUUCUUGAUUUUGACUACACCGUUAAUGACAUGGAGAGAACAAUCCUCAGCGACUUGCGGAGGAUCGUUCCUCUUGGGAGUAUCGAGGCCACGUACUUCCACUUUUCCUUCGCUUGUUGGGAUGGCUUCUGGGCUGAUAUUCUUGCCCGUGGUGGUGCCCGUAAUCUUGCGUACAUGUACUUGCGAUGCCCAGACCAGGCUCUCGAAGAACUUCUUAAAUCCCUGCGUUCACGGAAGCAUAGUGUAUCGCGGCCUAUAGGCGGGCGUUCACAACAAGGGCCCAUUUUCUCCCCAGCUCUCUCCCAUCUUGUCCUUCACAACUCGGAGUUCAACUCCUCCAUCUCCAGCUGGGUGCGGCCUGCCGACCUCCUUGACGUGCUCAUUGAUCGCGUCAACGAAGGUCGAGGGUUAGACCACCUUGCGAUUACUUCAACCUCGGGUAUAUUCGCUCCCGAUGUGCAGUUGUUGCGAGAGGUGGUGGCCGAUGUGAGCUGGGAUGGAUAUGAAAGUGACGAAGAACACUUCAUGGACUAUAGCACGGAGGAAGAUGAUGAUAAUGAUUUCAUAGAUUACGAGUUCUACAGUGAUGGAUACGCCUCCUGAAAUAAUUCCGUCGGGCAAACACGGCAAUGCAAGUAUGCUGGUAGUUCACACAUAACAGCUGCAUACCGAGUCUUAGGGUUUACUGCGGAAGUCACUCAAGGUGCAGAUCUUGCGGUUAUUCGAGCCUCCCAAAACAAACUGGGAUACAAUAGCGAGGCAAAUAAUGUAUCCUAUAUCAACUUCUAACUUACAGAAAUGAUCAUCACUAGUCAUACUUUCCCUUCCCAUCUAAUGCGAAAUUGUUGCCAACUUUCCUGAGCAAAAAAUCGCCAUAUACAACAGAUUCGUAGGUCUGUCCUCCGUUUGGAGAUGG